UAUAGCGAUGAUGGAGUCAGAUGAGGGAACAUUCACGCCUUUCGGCCUGGAGUACAUGGGCUCUGACGAGGGAGGAUGUAUCAUCAAAGAGAUACUCAAGCUUAUGGAGCCGAUAAAUGCCACACAGUUCAAGAACAGUUCUGAUGUGGGCUCAGACAUAACAGUGUGGGCGAAUGAGGUUCCUCUACUGAGCAACCUGAACGACAACGGCCGGUACUUCUGGUUCCACCACUCCAAUGGCGACACGAUGACUGUGUUGAGUCCUGACGAUCUUGACAAGAAUACAGCAUUGUGGGCAGCCACUGCCUACAUUCUGGCAGAUAUCAGCGUUGACUUGCCCAAACCUGCAGGAACCAAGACAUGACAUGCCAAAGAAGAUCUAAUAUAUUAGUCCGUGUUGAUAGUAUUCUUUGUUAUGAAUCUAUUUUUGUACAUAGAGAUUUUGAAAUAUUUAAUUAAAGUGUUUUAUCUUACUA